AUGUCCUUCAAGACCCUCUACACGGCUAUCGUCGCUACUCUCAUGGUCGGCGCCGUCCAGGCUUUCAACGGCGACGCCACAUUCUACGAGCCCAAUGGCGGUACCGGUGCCUGCGGCCACCCCAUCCAGAACACCGACUUCGCCGUUGCCCUCAACCCGACCCAGUACGCGGGUGGUGCCAACUGCGGUCGCACGAUCACCGCCCACUUCCAGGGUGCUAGCGUCACCGCCACCGUCCAGGACCUCUGCCCCGGCUGCGGCAACGGCGGCAUCGACCUCACGCCGAGCGCGUUCCAGCGGCUCGCGAGCCUCGACAGGGGCCGCAUCCAGGUCGAGUGGGACUUCAACUGA